CGCGCCGUGAGGUCGUGUCGCUCCGCUCGGCUGGCCCAAGGAGCCUAUCUAAUCGCUUCGGAUAAUGUGGUUGCUCUGGUUAUUAGGCGUCGCGUGAUUCCUGCAGAGGACGCUCGCUGGUCGGGAUAAGUUCACAGUCGUGGACGGUGAUGCUGCCUCGUGGAGAGUGGUGUUUACAUAGAUUUUUAUAAGGCAGAUGAUGUGGUGUUAGUGGACUCAAACUCCCGUCGGCGACUGCAAGGGAAAGCCGUUUCUGCGAACGCUCCUGACGCUGCGAGGCUCCCUCGGCUCGAAAGAGGGAAGGAAAAGUGUCCUUAGGGAAACCUAAAGUGUUCGGAGUCUAGGCUGCCAGUGCCGUCGAAAUGCGCUGGAAACACGACGUGGAAGGGGCUUCGCUCCUCGACUAAGGGACUCGUCCUGCGCUCCUCCUGCGGCCGAAAUCUUCUGAAGGCGACGACGGCGUCCCGCUGAGGGGAACCUGAGCGGGCCCAUCGCCGACGGCCGCGUGGAGUUUAGUUCCCGUCCCGGGCCUUCCCUUCGCUCGGAACAGAAGGGCAAGGCUCCUCGGCCGAGUGGCCCUUGCUCGCCCCAGCCGAAGUUGCCUCGUUCUCGCACUCCAGGACCGCCAGGGCGAGCGCGGCAUGGGGCACCUGCUGUACGUCGUGGUGCUGACUGCCAUACUUUGCCACUUUGCCGGCGUGGUGGGCCGGCGCCACGGCGGGGUCGUGAUCCAGGGCAAGCAGCGGCGCCGCGACCUGGUGCUGGGUCCGAGGGCGGCCACGCUCGACCACGUGACCGUGGAGCAGCAGAACAACACGGAGGUGGUGGCGCAGGUGGGCGGCACCGCCACCAUCAAGUGCUACACCCACUUCCUCGGAGAUGAGAUGGUAACGUGGUUGAAACGAGAUGAGGAGCAUUUGCUGACCGCGGGGGGGCAGGUGUACUCGUCGGAACAGCGGUACUCAGUGUCUCACGUGCGGCACCAACAGCUGUGGGAGCUCUCGGUGAGGGACGUCCGCCUCUCGGAUGCCGGGAUCUACGAGUGCCAGAUGACUUCGCAUCCGCCCUCCUCCCUCUUCUUCUAUCUCAGGGUCGUAGAAGCCCAGGCGGUGAUCCAGGGAGAGCCCGACGUGCACGUGCACACCGGCGUGAGUCUGAAGCUGCACUGCACCGUCGAACUGGCCACGGAGCCUCCUCUCUACAUCUUCUGGUUCCAUAACGACAGUAUGAUCAAUUACGCGCCCAAACGGCCACUCAAGGUCAUGAAGCACAACUUCGGUAGUUCCCUCGUCAUCAACAACGUCACGUGGGAUGACGCCGGCUCCUACCGCUGCGAACCACACAAGGCCAAAGCUGCGAACCUCACUCUGCACGUGGUCGAAGGAGAGAAGCACGCCGCCCUCCACAACGGCCAGGGGGAGGGCAAGGAGGAGCAGCCGGGGGCGUCCUCCUCCGCCGACGGGAGCCUCGGCAGGACGGCCCUGCUCGCGGCGGCCACCGCGCUCUGCGUCCUGCUCUCCGACGCCGCCCUUCCCAGAUUACCAGGAGAGACCACCCGCAGGAUGGAACCCGACGAGGAGCAGGAGGGGGAGGAGGAGCGCGGGAAGGAUGCCUCUCGGUGUCAGCGAAAAGGAGCCACCGCCAGGCCCCUCGACGCGCCAGUGCCAGUGCCAGUGUUGCGGCAUUGUGUACCCAACAAAGAGGUACUCUGCUGUUAGGGUACAGUGUACAGUAGCUGUCGUAGGAUCUCGGGAAGUGUUAGUAAUUUUAGCUGAUUUGGAGAUAAGAUAGUUUGGCUUACUAGUUAUGAACAUUCGGGAAGAAGAAGAAGGAGGAGGAGGAGGAAGAGGAGGAGGAGGAGGAGAAGGAGGAGGAAGAGAAAAAAAGGAAAUCCAUGAAAAAAGAAGAGGUGUUGGAGUCCUGAAAAAGGGUGUUUAUAGAAGGGCUGAGAUAAAUUAUAUUUGUAUUGAUGGUUUUGAGUUCAUUGAUUUUAACAAUGCAGCAGCAAGUUGUCACUGUUGCAAGGAGAUGAUGAGGUGAUAUGAUGAUAUUACAAAUAAUGAUAACUGUAACAUUAUUAUUGUUCUUAAUUUCCUUCCUAUGGCCUUUCUUACUAAUGUGAAAGCGAUUGUGUUUUAAUAAAGGAUAUAUAUGAUGUAGCACGAUGGUAAAUUCUAAGAUACCGAGAAAUAAAGCAAAAUGAACAGUUAAUAUCAAACAGAG